AUGAAGGCACUCACCAGUUUCCAUGAAUGGUCGGAUAAACUCAAGGCGGAAGAUAAAGAGGUUCCGUUGGAUGUUGAAGUAUAUGAGACCAUGGUUCGUAAGGAUUCCGAGUUUAUGAUGAAGUUGUCACAACAAAUGAAUAAUAAUAAACAGACAUUAGAGGGAAUGAGUCGUGAUAUACAAGCAUACAAUCAUGUGAAACAAUUGCGAAUGAACUCAAUUAAUAUGAGCAAUAAGAAUCAAUUCAAUAAUAGUAUUUGGGGUGAAGGUUAUCAGGGCUAUGGUAAUGGAAUAACUAACAGCUCCACCAAAUUAAUUCUUCCUGAAAGAGAUUUAACUGACAGAACUAUCAAUGAGCGUGUUAUGAAGAACAAUAAGAAGCCUAAGCAUUAUGUUCCUAUACGAUUAGACUUUGAUCAAGAACGAGACAGAUUUAAGUUGAGAGAUACGUUUGUAUGGGAUUUAAAUGAAGAAAAUAUGACCGUGGAAACAUUUACCAAACAAUUGAUUGAAGAUUACAAAUUCAUACCCAAAGGAUACUUUGAUAUAAUUUGUCUGGCGAUAAAAGAACAAAUCAGUGAUUAUCUGAAAAAACCCGUGCGAACAAUGGGAGAAAUCAGAGUUCCUAUUAAAGUUGAAGUAACUAUAAACAACACUCAAUUAAUUGACCAAUUUGAGUGGGAUAUCUUGAACUACCACGAAGGAGACCCUGAAGAAUUUGCCAUGAUGAUGUGUGAUGAACUUUGUCUUCCUGGAGAAUUCACAACUUCAAUAGCACACACUAUUCGUGAACAAAUGCAAUUUUACCACAAGGCGUUAAACUUGGUGGGAUACAAUUAUGAUGGUGGUCCAGUUCAUGAAGAUGAAAUCAGAAAUCAUUUGUUGCCAUCAUUGAGGCUUGUGUCUCCCGAUUAUACCGUUGUCGAUGAUUUCUUUUCGAUUUUGAGAAAUCCUGCCAAUGUGGCAGACUUCUCCCCAUCAGUAAUCAAACUCACUCAACUUGAAGUUGAAAGACUCGAUAAGGAGAUUGAGCGUGACAGUAGAAGAAAAAGGCGUCAUAAUUACAACGAAGACAUUUUACUGAUGCAAGCACAACAACCGCGUGGUACAACCUCACGUCGUAUUGCAGCCCAUGCAGGACGUGGUGGUCCGCCAUUGCCUGAUUUAACUGAUUUGCCCAAGACGUUCAGAACUCCUGCGCCAUCGGCUAUUUUACCAGGUGCAGUUGAUCUAGGUGUUCCGGACGUGUUUGAACACAAUGAGAUAUACAUCAAUCGAACUCAAAUUAGGAACCCCGAUUAUAAACCACCUACACCUGAAAUUGAAGUGAACGAAGACAUGGUAGAGUAUGAACACGAUCCUGUGCAAGGGAAGUUGCUCGUGACUAUUAGAUUAAGAUAG